GUUGUCGUUUCAACUUGAAGAAAUGCACAUUAUAUUUUUGGGCACAGCCUCAUGUAACCCCACUGAAUAUCGUGGGGUUUCCUCUCUUGCCAUCAGAUUCGAAAGUGGAGAUAUUUGGCUGGUUGAUUGUGGAGAAGGUACUCAGGUUCAAAUGCAAAAAAGUUCCAUAAAAUUUGGCAAAGUCAAAAAAAUAUUUCUUACUCAUCUUCAUGGUGACCAUAUUUUUGGGUUGCCAGGUUUAUUGGCCUCGAUGGGGACUAUGACUGAGCGAAUGGAUUUUGUUCUGGAACUCUAUGGACCUCGGGGUUUGGCCAAAUAUGUUCGGGAAAGCCUUAAUCUCUCACGAUCUCCUCUAUCAUUUAAGUACAAGGUUAUUGAAUUGGUACCGCAAGACUCGCAAUACCCUGGAAACUUGAUGAAAGACUGGCCUGUCAUGGAAGUAGAUACAAAUCAACAUCAUCCACAAGAAAUCCAGUCAGUUUCUGUCACGGCCAGUGCCCAUGAGGAUCCUGUUUGGAAUCUAAUUGACUCACAUGAUGAAUGCACAGUUAAAGCUAGUCGCAUUGAGCAUCGAAUCCCAUGUUUUGGCUAUGUUUUCACAGAAAACGACCGACCUGGUACAAUCAAUGUGGAUUACCUAAAGGGUGUGGGAAUACCACCUGGACCGCUUUACGCAAAAUUAAAACGUGGUGAGGCAGUCACCGCACCUAAUGGCACAACUGUGAAUCCGAAAGACUGUAUUGGGCCAGAUAAGAAAGGGAGGAAGGCGACCAUUUUAGGUGACACUUGGAAUCCUAAUUGUAUGACUAAAAUUGCAAUGCAUAGUGAUGUGUUGGUUCAUGAAGCUACGCUUGAGGAUGGACUUAAAGAAAAGGCUGUGAGUAAUGGACACUCAACCCCAUCAAUGGCAGUAGAAUUUAGUCAUAAAAUUGCUGCUAAAACACUGAUUUUAAAUCACUAUAGUCAGCGAUACAGAUCUCCACAUACUCCAGUCCCAAAGGCUCUUGCACAGGAGCAGGUAUCAUCUACAGACGUACUUUUGGAAGAGGCCAAAAAUGCUGUCAAAAACUAUCCAGGCUUUGAGUGUUCUGUAAUUGCAUCCAGAGAUUUAAUGACACAUGAAGUUACAUUAUAAAAGGUUCAAGAAAUUCCAUCCACUACAUUUCCUGAUUAAAAUACAGCUGUUGAUCUUACCUCCUUUUGUAAGUCUUUCAUUCCUGAAUUAAGAUGAUUUCAGAAAAAAUUAUGUAGGAUCUCAUUCAAAUAAAUGUACUUAAAUUAUAGCAAA